AGUCUCCCCCUGCACGUUCUGUACGUUCAUACGUCAAUGUAGCGGAUCAAUGACAAAAGAGGGCUGUGUGGUAGUGCCCCCUAAACAUGCCUGUUUUCCCCGGGGUUGCAUGCUCCAUAUGACCCGGGAUGGGACUCUCCCCGCCGCCUAAAUCAGCGAUUUAGUUCACUGAAGCGCCGGAGCUGGAACGUUAAAACAAACAGAGGCUAACGGGCUGUUUAUUUAUUCAAGAGAAGAUGGCGGAGUUCUCGCCCGUCCUGCCGAUGCGGGAUGGAGGAGGACGAUUUGCCCAGCCCAUCUUCCCUCGGUCCAGGUCCGGUUCCGAGUCAGAGAGUGAACUGUCCCAGAGUCUGGCCCGGACCAAGAUCCGCUCGUACGGCAGCACAGCCAGCGUCACGGCCUCCCUGGGGGAGAAAUACAUAGAGCAUCGGGUUACAGACAGCGAUACUCUGCAAGGGAUUGCUCUCAAAUACGGUGUCACGAUGGAGCAGAUCAAGAGAGCCAAUAAGCUGUUCAGCAAUGACUGCAUCUUCCUGAGGAACAGCCUCAACAUCCCCGUGGUGUCAGAGAAGCGCUCCAUAUUUAAUGGACUGUCUCUCGAGUCUCCUGAUGGGGAUGGUGACACGGCUUGCCAGGAGGCAGACGCACCUUGUAUUAUCACGCAGGACAUCGAGGGACCCUCGCCGCCCCCUUCCCCGCCCCGUGAGCACUCCAGACCUCCUCAGCCAGAGGAGCUGUCAGCCAAAGACUUCUUACAUAGACUGGACUUGCAAAUUAAACAGUCAAAGCAGGCUGCGCGCAGACUGAAAGAAGAAGAAGAAGUGAGGAGCAGCGAGGAGAAUUACGCGGCCCCCACGACAUCAUACCAGGAGAUCUAAAGAGCAAUCUGUUUACCCAAAGUCUCGGACACGCUUGCCCACGCACACAAACACUACCGCAGCCUCGUUGCUUUUUUCUUUUUACCUUUUCAUGUUUACUGAACCGCGUUCAGCAAGUGUCAUUUCUGCCUUUUUAUUUAUUGAAAUGCAGUUCUUAUGAUGUACAUUACAAGCCCAUUUCCAAGACUGCUGCUGUGCUGUGUGAAAUGUAAAUAUUAACUUAGCCUGUCCUGGUGGUCAUAGGUCAAAAGGCAACACACAUCCUGGAUAUGUUGCCACUUUAUCACAGGGCAACCGUUCCCACUCCUACCUAUAGUUAAUUUAGACUCGCCACUACCAGAAGCGAAGACGCUCAUAUCUAUGGAAGCUUGUUUUUGCCAGAGGAAAAAAGUUUUUCAAUCCACAAGUCAUCAUUUCAAAAUCAUUUCAAAAUUUCAAGGUAGGCAUCUGAGAAACUGUGCCAGAAACAAGCUUCCUAUAGAUCUGCCGCCAUGCAGGGAGGUCUAAGCAAGACAAGGCCAGACCACUUUUUUGCACAUUUUCCAGCAGCGUGGCUCUGGAGAGUCUGGGUGCUAAACACCCACUGAAAGCUCGUGACACAUUACAAAAACCAAAUCUCCCAACAGACACUCCAGACUGUUCCGUUAAGAAAAGGAGGUGAUAUAACACGGUAGUGAGAGAUGUGCGCCUGACUCAGCAUUUUGGCAUCCAAUUCAUAAACGAUAAUUUAUUCUUGUUAAAACAAUGUUUUCAAAUUCGUCAUGCUGUGUUCAUGAUACGUCUAGAUAAAUCUGGGGUUUAAAUAUAUGUAUGUGUAUUUUUUUUAAAUUUCCAUUUUACAUGGCACAUCUCCUGGAAGUAGGUUUGAGGGUAUUUUUUUUUUUUUUUUGUAGUUU